AUGACCAAGAUUCACGAGAAGAUGAAUGAGAGAGAGCUAGAGUUGAAAGCAAAGUACACAGUCUGCUUGGACUUUGGAAAUGGACUUCACUUAGAGGUUUCCAACGCAAGAAGAGGAGACAAACCGCACCCUAAGCACACUCACCUGGUGCGACAAAAGCGAGCCUGGAUCACUGCUCCCGUGGCUCUCCGGGAGGGAGAGGACCUUUCCAGAAAGAACCCAAUUGCCAAGAUACAUUCUGACCUUGCAGAAGAAAAAGGCAUAAAAAUCACCUACAAAUAUACCGGGAAAGGAAUUACACAGCCACCUUUUGGUAUAUUUGUCUUUGAUAAAAACACAGGAGACCUGAACAUUACCAGUAUUCUUGACAGAGAAGAAACACCUUUUUUUCUGCUGACAGGCUAUGCGAUGGACUCCAGAGGAAACCAGCUGGAGAAACCUUUAGAGCUACGCAUUAAAGUUCUUGACAUCAAUGACAAUGAGCCAGUGUUCAAACAGGAAGUCUUUGUUGGCUCUAUUGAAGAAUUGAGUGCUGCACAUACACUUGUGAUGAAAGUCAUCGCAACAGAUGCAGAUGAACCCAACACCCUGAAUUCUAAAAUCUCCUACAGAAUUGUGUCUCAGGAGCCUGCAAAUUCUCCCAUGUUCUACCUAAAUAAAGAUACAGGCGAGAUUUAUACAACCAGUUUCACUUUGGACAGAGAGGAAUACAGCAGCUAUUCCUUGACAGUGGAAGCAAGAGAUGCUGAUGGGCGGAUAACAGAUAAACCGGUACAGCAAGCUCAAGUUCGGAUCCAGAUCUUGGAUGUCAACGACAACAUCCCUGUAGUAGAAAAUAAAGUGUACGAAGGGGUAGUGGAAGAAAACCAAGUCAAUGUAGAAGUCAUGCGUAUCAAAGUGACUGAUGCAGACGAAGUAGGUUCAGAUAACUGGCUAGCAAAUUUUACGUUUGCAUCAGGAAAUGAAGGAGGUUAUUUCCUCAUCGAGACCGACACGCAGACUAAUGAAGGGGUUGUGACCCUUGUCAAGGAAGUAGACUAUGAAACAAUGAAGAAUCUCAACUUCAGCAUCCUUGUCACCAAUAAAGCAGCUUUCCACAAGUCUGUUCAGAACAAGUUCAAGCCUACACCCAUCCCCAUCACUGUCAAGGUCAAGAACGUGGUUGAAGGCAUCCAUUUCAAGAGCAGCGUAGUCUCCAUCCGAGCUAGUGAGGCAAUGGAUAGAUCAAGCCUCAGCCGGUCCAUUGGAAAAUUUCAAGUUUUUGAUGAAGACACUGGAAAGGCAGCAGCUAAAGUAAAAUACGUAAAAGUGGAAGAUAUAGACAACUGGGUCUCCGUGGAUUCUGACACUUCAGAGAUUAAGCUUGUGAAGAUUCCUGAUUUUGAAUCUAGAUAUGUCCAGAAUGGCACCUACACUGUAAAGGUUCUAGCCAUAUCCAGUGAUCAUCCUCAGAAAACCAUCACCGGCACAGUCAUUAUCACUGUUGAAGACAUCAAUGACAAUUGUCCUACACUGGUGGAGCCAGUACAGCGCAUCUGUGAUGAUGCACCAUAUGUGAAUGUCACUGCAGAGGAUUUGGAUGGACCCCAGAACAGUGGGCCAUUCAGUUUCUCCAUCAUUGACCAGCCACCUGGAACGGCAGAGAACUGGAAAAUAAUACGCCAACAAAGCACCAGUGUACUGCUGCAGCAAAGCAAGCGGAAGCUCGGAAGAAGCGAGGUCCCCUUCCUCAUUUCAGACAGCCAGGGCUUCAGCUGCCCUGAGAAGCAGGUCCUUCAGCUCACGGUGUGUGAGUGCAUUGGGGGCAGUGGCUGUGCAGAAGCCCAGUAUGACAACUACGUUGGCCUGGGACCCGCUGCAAUCGCUCUCAUGAUUCUGGCCCUCCUGCUCUUGCUGCUUGUGCCGCUCUUGCUGCUCAUGUGCCACUGUGGAGAGGGCGCCAAAGGCUUCACCCCCAUUCCUGGGACCAUAGAGAUGCUGCACCCUUGGAAUAAUGAAGGGGCACCGCCCGAGGACAAGGUGGUGCCAUCGCUCCUGGUGACAGAUCAUGCAGGGAAUUCGGCAGUGAGGAAUGGGGCAGGAGGUGCAGUCCUCAAGGAAAGCACAGCGAAAGGCAGUAGCUCAGCCUCCUUUACCAAAGGACAGCAUGAGCUGUCCGAUGUUGAUGGAAGAUGGGAAGAACACAGAAGCCUCCUUACUACGGAGGCCACUCACCUCGUAGGGACAGCAGGCGCCAUCGCAGCCAAUGAAACACUAAGGAUUGCAAGAGUCUCUGGGGCUUCCAGGGACAAGGGUGGGGCCCGAGGAGCUGCUGUUGCAAUGAAUGAGGAAUUCUUGAGAAGUUACUUCACAGAGAAAGCGGCCUCCUAUGCAGAGGAAGAUGACCUUCACAUGGCCAAAGACUGCCUUCUCAUGUACUCCCAGGAAGAGACAGCCUCUCUCCAAGGAUCCAUUGGCUGCUGCAGCUUUAUCGAGGAAGAACUUGAUGACCUGUUCUUAGAUGACCUGGGGCUUAAAUUCAAGACACUAGCCGAAGUUUGCCUCGGGCGAAAGAUCAGUUUGGAUGCAGAUGUUGAACAUCUGCAAAGGCCUGUCCGAGAAUCGAAAGUGAACCCAGCUUCGGGCUCACACUAUGAGCAAAUGAUGGUCAGCUCAGAGAGCACAUACUCCUCUGACAGUGGCUUCCAAGUCCCAAGACCUCAGCAUGAAGCACACUCAGAGAAAGUCACACAGGAAAUUGUCACUGAAAGCUCUGUGUCUUCCAGGCAGAGUCAAAAGGUAGUGCCACCACAUCCUGACCCCGUGGCUUCUGGUAAAAUUAUAGUGACAGAAACUUCCUAUGCCACGGGCUCCGCUGUGCCACCCAGCACGGUGAUCCUGGGCCCUAGACAGCCACAGAGCCUUAUUGUGACCGAGAGGUUGUACGCUCCAGCAUCCACCUUGGUGGAUCAGCACUUUGGCAAUGAAGAAAAUGUCAUUGUUACUGAACGAGUGGUGCAGCCUAACGGGGCCGUCCCUAAGCCACUCGAGGUCACCCAGCAUCUGAAAGAUUCGCAGUAUGUUAUGGUGAGGGAGAGAGAGAGCAUCCUUGCUCCCAGCUCAGGUGUGCAGCCCACUCUGGUAAUGCCCAGUGUGGCAGCAGGCCAGAAUGUCACCGUGACAGAAAGAGUACUGGCUCCUGCUUCCACUCUGCAGUCCAGUUACCAGAUUCCCAGUGAAACUUCUAUCAAGGCGAGGAAGACUGUGGUUUCUAGUGUAGGAGGUCUCGGCCCUCUGCCCAGUUUAGAUUUAGAGGAAUCUGGGCACCCCAAUUCUACUGUAACCACAUCUUCCACCAGGGUCACCAAGCAUAGCACAGUGCAACAUUCUUACUCCUAAACAGAAGCUGGCUGCAGU